AUGCUUCGGUCGCCGUCCGGGACCUCGCGGACCUUGCGCAAGCACUUGAGCUUUGCCCAUCGCCGCACGGCCUACGAAACGCUGCUUAGCGUCGCCGUUGAUGGUUUGCUGCCCCGUGGGGUUCUCACCGAGCUUGCACAGAUAUUUCGCUGCCAUCCGCGAACGAUAUCACGUCUGUGGACGCAAGCGCGUCUGUCGCUCCACCGUGGCCACUGUGCCGCCGAUGCUGCCUCAAAAACCAAGGGGAACUCUGGACACCAUGCGCUCCGAACAAGCGACGAAAUUGAAGCUGCCAUCGGAAACGUGCCACAAGUACAACGGCACACUUUACGCUCUCUGUCGGCCGCGUGUGGAAUCCCCAUGAUGACGAUCUUUAGCCACCUGAAGAAGAAUCCUCGCUUCAAGGUGCGUUCAAACUACGUCAAGCUCCAUCUCACCCCUGCGAACAUCGAAGACCGACUCAAGUUUGCCAUGUUCUUCGUUCGGCCUUUGCCAAGUGGACACUAUCUUUUCAACGACAUGCACGACUAUGUGCAUGUUGACGAAAAGUGGUUCUACUUGACGAUGGUUAAGCGUAGGUACUAUGUGUACUACGACGAAGAGGUCGCGGCCCGGGCGGUCAAGUCCCAAGCGCUUUAUCACCAAGAUGAUGUUCAUUGCCGCUGUGGCCAGGCCGCGAUAUGA